AUGUCGGAUCGAGGCACAUGCUUCCGUGGUGACGGUAAUCGAAAAUACAACAGGCAGGCGUGCGCCGGUCCAGCAAGAUUUCAAAAUGCGGGUGAUGUUGCUUUUUUUGCGCGCCAUUUUCUCGGUGCAGGGUCAAUAACUCUGGUCGCCGGCGGGCGCCGUGACCGCUUGACGACGCGGAUCGCGAAUACUGGCGGCUCAUCGCGAAGAGUUAGUACGCGUAGAAACGCCGCGCGCAAGACCUUGCUUCGUGGUUCCCAGGAAUGGGUGUCGUCUCAGGGUUUGGAGCGGAUCGGGGUGGAGACCAGCAGCAGGUCUCUAUGA